GAGGUUCCCAGCAGGACACUAGAGGGCGAUCCCUGGUCCUGCUGCUGGCGUGUAUAUAUACAGCACGCAGGACCGCGACAACCCACUAGCAACAGGGCAGGCGGGCAGGCAGGCAAGCAGAGCUCUGGCGGGCUGGAGCGGGAAACGGGCUCCAGGCGCGCAGUAUUGAGCAGUGCCGGGCUGGGCAAGAGCGGUGCCGUUCGCCCCACGAACGCACCGUGCACCGUGGUGGCUUUCGCCGCUGGGGUGCUGCGGAAUUGGUAGAACUGCCGCCGUUGCCGCCGCCGUCGCCCCGUCCGAAACCUGGAUUGCAGGAGCCCUUCACCAUGCCCAGCAGAUUGUAGGUGCUUCAUGGAGCAAGCCAACUUCUACGAGGUCGAUUCCCGGCCCCCGAUGAGCAGCGGCCAGCACCACCAGCUCCAGACUCCUCUGCCCGGCAGCGCCUACAGCUACAGAGAGGCUCCCUCGGCGGCGGCACCUGCUGCGGGCGGCGCGGAGCUCGGCGACAUUUGCGAGAACGAGAACUCCAUCGACAUCAGCGCCUACAUCGACCCCGCCGCCUUCAACGACGAGUUCCUGGCCGACCUCUUCCAGCACAGCAAGCAGCAGGAGAAAGCCAAGGCCAUCCUGGCCGGGGAUUUCGACUUCCACAGCAUGCAUGGGGCCGGCGCCGCCGCCUCGGCGCCGGGGCACCAGCAGCAGCACCACCAGCAGCCGCUCUUCGGCUGCGUGGCCGGCUACAUGGACGGCAAGCUCGACCCCCUGUAUGAGCGCAUCACCGCGCCCGGCUUACGGCCGCUGGUGAUUAAGCAGGAGCCCCGCGAGGAGGAGGAGGUCAAGUCGGCUGCCCUGUCGGCUCUGUACCCCCACCACGCUCCGCAGCAGCACCCGUCUCACCUGCAGUACCAGAUAGCUCACUGCGCUCAGACCACCAUGCACCUCCAGCCCGGGCACCCUACGCCGCCCCCCACGCCCGUGCCGAGCCCGCACCAUCCGCACCACCCGCACCCCCCCGGCGGCCUACCCGCCGCCGGCGCCCUCAAGAUGAUGCCCGCGGACCACCGGAGCAAAUCGAAAAAGACAGUGGACAAGAACAGCAACGAGUACCGGGUGCGCAGGGAGCGCAACAACAUCGCGGUGCGCAAAAGCCGCGACAAGGCCAAGCAGCGCAACGUGGAGACGCAGCAGAAGGUGCUGGAGCUCACCACCGACAACGAGCGGCUGCGCAAGCGGGUGGAGCAGCUCACCCGGGAGCUGGAGACUCUGCGGGGCAUCUUCAGGCAGCUGCCCGAGAGCUCGCUGGUGAAGGCCAUGGGCAGCUGCGCCUAGCGCCGGGACCUUCGCUGCCCUCACUUACCUAUAGAUACUAUACAUAGCAGAGCGCAGCGAUCUCAGAUUA